AUGAAAGUCGUCAUGUUUUUGGCGUUCGCCUGUUUUGCCUUAGCAAAUGUCUCAGCAUAUCCACAUGGCCAUAACAAUGGCGACAAUGGAAAUAAUGGAGAAAGAUACAAUGGAAAUCGUUAUAACGCAGAAAGAGAUGCUUAUUAUGGAGAGGAGAAAUAUUAUGAUGAUGAUGAUGAAGAUAAUGCUCAUUAUUAUAUACACGAUGAAACUGAAACUAGAAAAACGGAAAAAGCUACUACCAAGAAAGUAGAAAUAACGGAGAAAGAAAGAUAUGACAACGGAGGGGAUAAAUAUGACAAUCAUGGACACGACGACUUUGAACAUGUUCAAACAGAAGUAGAUGUUAAGGAAGUGGUAAGAAAGGAGAAAGAAAGUUAUGCUCUUAACGGAGGGGAUGGAUAUGGCAAUGUUCACGACGACUUUGAACAUGUUCAAACGGAAGUGGAUAUUCAGGAAGUGGUAAAAAAGGAUAUAGAAAUAUAUGAUCAUAACGAAGGGGAUAGACAUGGCAAUGUUCACGACGACUUUGAACAUGUUCAAACGGAAGUGGAUAUUAAGGAAGUAGUAAAAAAGGAUAUAGAAAUAUAUGAUCAUAACGAAGGGGAUAGAAAUGGCAAUGUUCACGACGACUUUGAACAUGUUCAAACGGAAGUGGAUAUUCAGGAAGUGGUAAAAAAUGAUACAGAAAAAUAUGAUCAUAACGAAGGGGAUAGACAAGGCAAUGUUCACGACGACUUUGAACAUGUUCAAACGGAAGUGGAUAUUAAGGAAGUAGUAAAAAAGGAUAUAGAAAGAUAUGAUCAUAACGAAGGGGAUAGAAAUGGCAAUGUUAACGACGACUUUGAACAUGUUCAAACGGAAGUGGAUAUUCAGGAAGUGGUAAAAAAUGAUACAAAAAAAUAUGAUCAUAACGAAGGGGAUAGAUAUGACAAUGUUCACGACGACUUUAAACAUGUGCAAACGGAAGUGGAUAUUCAGGAAGUGGUAAGAAAGGAUACAGAAAGAUAUGAUCAUAACGGAGGGGAUAGAUAUGGCAAUGUCCAGGACCUCUUGAAAGAAGGAAGACAGAUGUAUUAG